AUGCAGGCCUGGGGCACUGUGGUAGUGACCUUGGCCACAUUGAUGGUUACUACUGUGGACCCCAAGAUUUAUGAACGCUGUGAGCUGGCAAAGAAGCUGGAGAAGGCAGGCCUCAAUGACUUUAAAGGCUACAGCGUUGGAGACUGGCUGUGCAUGGCACACUACGAGAGUGGCUUUGAUACCUCCUUUGUGGAUCACAACCCUGAUGGCAGCAGUGAAUAUGGCAUUUUCCAGCUGAAUUCUGCUUGGUGGUGUAAUAAUGGCAUCACACCCACCCAGAACCUCUGCCACAUGAAUUGUAGUGAUCUGCUCAACCGCCAUAUUCUGGAUGAUAUUGCAUGUGCUAAACGGGUUGUCUCCUUGCAUAAGAAUAUGAAGGCCUGGGAUUCUUGGAGCCGGCACUGUUCUGGUCAUGACUUAUCUGAGUGGCUCAAGGGGUGUAAUGUGCACUUGAAAACUGACUCAAGGAAAAUCAAUUCAUGA